GUCCGUAUUCUAUGACUUGUAGAGCUGUUUGUUUUGUUUGGAAAAAGCAAAACAUAUCAUAAAGUCUUUGAAUUUAAUUUAAAGAGAACGUAAAAUAGUGUUAAAGAUUUUCCCACCCUACAUUGUUUAAUUAGUUAAAAAUGUUUUGUUAUAUAGGUUAAGUGGCUGGAAUUCACUCGACGGUAUUUGAGAAGAUCGUAAAACUUGUCAAAGUGGUGUUGGGGAAGCUACAUUUUCUUCUGUUUUGUUUACGCUGCCAGGAUCUUGAAAAAUAGUUAACGUAAUCAUGCCUGUUUUUAGUUUCUUCCGCCACGGGAUAGAGCAAUAUAGACGGAAGACAGCAAGCGGCGUACAGAAUUUGAGAGAGCUUUUGUUCAGCGGUGGGAUCGUUGCAUUAGUUGCUUCUGUCAUUGUAUGGUUCGCAGUGUUUCUUUAUGUAGCAUUUUAUUACACUUACAUGCCUACUAUGUCACAUAUACGUCCUGUACAUUUGCAGUUCAGGUCAUGUGAGGCUGAAAAGGGAAUAUGCAGCUACCCGUCUGCUCACGUGGAACUGACGAACAAACAGCAGCUUCUGAUGGUUGGUCAGUCGUACAAGAUGAUUUUAAACCUCGAUAUGCCGGAGUCUCCAGCUAACAAGGAUCUAGGCAUGUUCAUGGUGUGCGCGGAGCUGCGAGACAAGCACGGCACGCUGGUGGAGCGCUCGUGCCGCUCCGCGAUGCUGCACUACCGCAGCACGAUACUGCACGUGCUCUCGUCGCUGCUGUUCUCGCCCAUGUUCCUGUUGGGGAGCCGGGAGGAGAAGCAGAGGAUUGUUCUGGAGCUGUUCUCGGACUUCAGGGAAGACCAGAACCACCCGGUGACGGACAUCUUCGUGGAGGUGCAGUCCCGCCACGCGCAGGUGUACGCCGCCACGCUGUCGGUGGUCGCGCACUUCUCCGGGCUGCGCUACGCCAUGUUCCACUGGCCGCUGCUGUCGGCGGCGGUGGGCGUCACGGCCAACCUCUGCCUGGUGCUGCUGGUGUGCGGGCUGUCGUGGUUCCACCUGGGCCGCCCCCGCCCGGAGCCCGGCCCCGCCGCGGAGCCGGACGACAGCUCGUGCGAGGACGCAAGCUUCAUGGAGGACAACGCGAAGGUGUCGAACAGCGACCAGGGCAGCCACACCCUGGAGUCGGACGACCUGGUCGAGCUGACUCGAUCGGACAGCUUCCAGCUGCUGGCCAAGCCGAGCUCGCUGUCCAGCUAAUGCAUCGGCCGGCACCUCUGGAUUGGUUCCACCAUGAAAAUAGUUUUAUCUAACUUUCUCCGUUGAUCUUUUAUUUCUUUGUACAUUCCUUUUAAUUCUUACUGAGAGCAGAACAAAUUUUUAUUCCUAAGGCAAUCUAGUCAAUGGUACGAAACAAUUACAUACCAUACAAGCUUAUGCUUGCAUUCCAAUAAGCAUACCUUUAUAUGUUUUAAGUCAAUAAAAAAAAAGGUUAUAUAUUGUCUGUGUAGCAUAAACUGUUUUAUAGUGUUACGUAUAUGCAUGCCAAAACCAUAGACCUGAAAGAUACUCGUUCACGACACAAUUGUUGUCUGUGUGGUAUAAUAUAUUAAAAAGCGUAACUAGAGAUUACACUUCCAGUAACUGUAGGUGUUUUAUGUAUAUAGUAUAGUUUCUACUUAAGGAAAAACAAUCAUACUUUGAGUAUCAUAGUUGAGAAUUUAUUAGGGACAAGAUUAUAUGGUGGAUUGUGAUAAAGCAGAAAUAACACCAAAACACAUGUCAAUGCACUUUAUAACACCGAAAUGGAAGUUUAUACACCAUAAUGCACCAAAGUGCAAGUUAAAUCAUGAAAUGAAGCAGCAUCUAACCAAAAUUUAAUUCAAAUCACAAAAAAAUGUAAAUAAUGCCUGAGCCUCUUGUCAUAGCCAACUCUCCAAGGGCUUCCCCGAUUCGUGCAUACGGUGUACCCGUAUCCUUGCCGCUAAGAGCCCUGGGAUAGCAAAGAAACUGUGGGCAACCCAUUGAAUGGUCUAUAUAGUAUAUACACACACACACAGAUCAACAAACACAGACACAGAGACAUAUAAUAACAUUGAAAUCAUCAUCUGUUUUAAGAACAAAAUUGCAUUAAAAGUAAAACCAUUGAAUCUUGUCUCUAGAAAUUAAUAAGAUUUUCAUCUACCAUUGUGUGUAUGUAAAAAAACAUUUUUUUAAAUCUAUUGUGGCUUAUUUCUACCAUACUUUACAGCAAUGAUUUAUUAUUUUUAUUUGUCAGUGUUUAGCAAGGUGGAACAGCUGCUAUUAUAAGUGCUGUCUUAUACUCUGAGUUCUUGUUAAAACAAUGUAAUGCAAUAAUGUUACAAGCCACUCCAAAAUGUUUAUUUAUGAAGUUUUGGUUUUUACCUUAUUUUAAAUUGGCAGCAUUUUAAAUACCGUAUUUACCCGCGUAUGGGUCACAGAUUUUAUGCCGAUUUUUUUAUUAAUGAAAUCUACUGUGGUCAAAAUGCAAAUUUUCCAUUUUGGGUUGUAUAAAAAAAAUUAACAUUGCACUGUGGUGGUGACUAUGUGCUUAAAUAACUACACAUCUUGUGUUUGGUUUUAAUAAAUAUGUCAUGAGUAAAUAUAAAUUGUUUGGUUAAAAUAUCUCAGCAGUGUGUGUAAGCAUCAUGAACUGUGAGUCAUCAUUUGCAGCUUUUUUGCCAUAUUUUUGUACUUUGAGAUACAAAAAUAUGGCAAAAAAAGCUGCAAAAUUUUUAAAAAAUAAUCCUAUAAAAUUACAUUCGUGAUUUUAUUAACUGGAUUUGAAGCAGAGUUUUUAAAUUUGUUGUCACUGACAGCGUGCAAGGAUAUCAUUGUUAGCAUUAUGUAUUUGUCUGUCUGUUAAUAAGAAUGGGUGAAGGAAUUGUUUUCACUUAUUUUAAGUUGUCAUGAUUAUUUUCUUCUAAUGGUGUAGUUGUAAAAUUUUCAUUUGUGAAUAAGAAAACUUAGUUUUGUUGAACCUGCAAUAAUAGUAUUACAAAACAUCUUAAAUUAACAUAAUAAUAAAGUAAACUUAGAAAUGUUGUGAUAUCACAAAUAACACUAUUGAAGUACAUAACAUAAUCACUGCUAGUAUGCUCAGCACUCACAUAGUUUUGAGCUGGUUCUUCAAAAAUAUUCUUGCCUAAAUUCUAGCAUAACAUAGUUCACGGUUCAUUUGUUACUUCUUUGUCAGGCAGUUCUAAACUAUUUUUCUUCAUUUAUGUAUUAUUUUGAGGUAAUGAUGUUUAACUUGAAAGUAAGUUUUAGUUGUAACAAGCCAGUUUGAAUCCCUGAGUUGGAGAAUUUUGCAAUUAAGAAUAAAUACUGAAUUUUUAUAAGUUAGUAUACUCUUAUUUUAAUUUUUUUUAAUUUGAUGUACAUACAUAUAAUGUGUUAAAUAAAGGUGUUACCUGAACCUA